AAACCCUAAAGCAACUUCUCUUCAUUUUCGUCCUCGUACUUUUAGGCGUUUCAAUUCUCCAUAAGGCAAAAUCCAAACCUAAGGCAAUCAAUUGCGAUGGCUACAGCGGGUGCCACAACGAAGAGAAAGCCAGUGUUCGUACAGGUUGAUCAGCUGAAGCCAGGUACCAGUGGCCACACGCUUACCGUGAAAGUGGUCUCAUCGAAACCCGUAUCCGUCAACAAGCUGCGUGGUUCUAGAUCAGUGUCUGCUCUCUCUCAGCCUUCUCGACCCCCGCGCAUCGCUGAGUGUCUGGUCGGCGAUGAGACUGGUUCCAUUUACUUCACUGCCCGUAACGACCAAGUUGAUAUUAUGACACCGGAUGCGACUGUGAUUCUGCGAAAUGCAAAGAUUGACAUGUUCAAGGGGUCGAUGAGGCUUGCAGUUGACAAAUGGGGACGUAUCGAAGUUACUGAACCUGCUAGCUUUGAGGUUAAAGAGAAUAACAAUCUCUCCUUGGUUGAGUAUGAGCUAGUUAACGUUGAGUGAUUGUUGUUAUUUGGAAGUGAAUAUUUUUAGGUUAGCAUUACUGAAGGUUUGAUUUUUGUCCUCCUGUUAAGAGGGGUUCAGUUUUAAUGUGGUACAAAGAACUUGCUGAAGAUGUUGUUUCAGCCUUAAUAUUGAUAUGAUGAACGCAAGUAAUUUAAGUGUCAGAUUGGGAAUCAGAUGUGGUUUGAAACAGAUCAGUUAAUGCUAUCUUCUUAUUUUUAUUACUAA